GAAGGAUGGAUGGAGAGCGUGGAGGAGGGAGCGGGUGGUGGAAGGAAGGGCAGAGGAUGGAUGGCAUAAGGGACCAAUGAAGAACACGGACUUUCUGUGGCUGUGCUUGGAGCCAAGGCCAAAGGAGCGACCACCCCACGAGGCUGCUUUAACGCUCACCUGAGGCACCGUGUUCUGCUCUCAUCGCCCCAGCACAGAGCGGAUACCGCAGAAAUAGAAGAGGUCUGUAGAAGGGCAGUGGAAAUAAUUAUACAGAGAUUAGCAGGAAAAAAGAGAUCGAAGGCUGCACUUAGCGGAGACUAAGAAUAGAAGAGCACAUGAAAGAAGUGGGAUCUGAAAGCGUGAGGAUGGGGAAUCACGUGCUCCUAUUUACCCUUCCUUGCAGUGACGGAGAACUCGACGAAUGGGAAGGUGAUAGACACGGAUGGGAGGUGGAGGAGAGCGGGGAGCUGCUUUGCUCAAGUUGUAAUGAACGUCCUUCUGUGGGAUGUCUUUGUUCCAAGAAGUUAACAACAGUCAAAAAGAAGAAAUCGGAUUUGUAAUAGCACUGUAGGUUGGAAGAAUGAGGUUGUAUGGACCUGGACCCUCCUGCUUCGGCACGUGGACUGGUAGCUGGCAGGAACCUGGAUUUCUUGGUGCUCUGGCACUGUGCUGCUGCUCCUGCGCCUCUCUGCGAUGGAUGUGGGCAGGAGGGUUUUGCUCGGGCAGCCCUCUCGGCUGUGAUGUGGUGGGCUUCUGAAAAGCAAGUGGGAACAAGGCAGGCAGUGGAGGGCUUCUGCUUCUGGCUGUGCUUGGACACCAGUGGAGCCCUUGUGUGUUUUGUGCACUGCUGGAAUGCUUUCCAUGAGUUUUUCCACGUAGUCUCCAGCUCUUUUACUGAACCACUUCAGCUUACAGAGCUGCUGGCUGCUUCCUGGCUUGGAGCACGUUUCUGAGCCGUGGGGAUGGUGUAGCCCCCAAAUAACCUCCAAAGCAAGCCCGUAUGCUCUGUUAGGAGGGUGAGCUCUCCUGACGUGGUCCUCAGCUCCUGAAGGCCUAGCAGAGCCUGUAGCUCUUGCACAGCAGUAAAUGCCACAUCUAAAUGGCUGUUUGCUGCUCUUUGCUCGCAGCACGUCACUCUGCCAGGCCCUCCUGCAGCCCCGGCUGCUAAGAGUAUAUGUCCUCCUUGCAAGAUGGUUAUUUUUGGAUUUCUUUGAAGAAAACAGCAUUUAGCAUAUGUCAUCUUGUAUGUAUGUCAGAAUUCAUGCUUUGGAGUAUCUUAUCCAAGGAGGGGGUAGUUGUUCUGUUUUCUGCAAAGCCUGAAAUACAGUAAGAGGUACGUUUUGUUCUUCAGACACAGGGAAAUGUGAUGCCUGCCCCAGAGGUUUUGUAGUUCUCAUGACACAAUAAGUACCUGGGCUGGGAGAUAGGUUGUUUAAAAGCAUGUUAACCCAUUCUUUAAGUUACGUGUAUAUUUUCAUGCAGUUUCCCAGUUUCCUGUGCGCUGACACGGGCGGGCAGAGCUGUGAUGGUUCAGUGUGGAACCACAGGGAGGAGGCAGCAGGCCCUAUAGGAUGUGCCUUCCUUUGCUUGAGGAACAUUCUGGGGUCCCGAGUCCUGUAAACUGACUUGGGCACAGCCUGGUGCAACAAAGGCCGCAGAAAUCCCCCCACGUAGCCCAGCGGCAUAUUUUUAGGGAUUAUCCCUUAUCGCUCUGGUCCUUUUCCUCUCCAAUUAAAUCCCCUUUGCGAUGCCAGUGCAGCCGUGCCUGACACCAGACACUGUGCAAGCUGGGGAGCACAGAGCCUGUGUCACUGCGUUGGUCUCACUUGUUGCACCCAUGCCGCUCUGUCGGCUCCCACUGGCUAGGGGUUCAGGGGUUGUCCCUUUGGUUCCAUCCACAUUAGGCCUGGGGGCUCCCCCAGACACCCUGGCUGGGUGGGGGGCUGCCCCCUGGUUGGGUUUCUCAGCUCAGGCAUCUCCGGCUUGCAGGGGCUGGCUGCCAACAGAGCUCCCCUUGUUUACCCAACUCGGAGGAAUCGGUUUACAAGGCUCACAAAUACCCCUUUCACCUUUCCCAUCAGAAAACACCUCCCGAAACAAUGAGGAAAUUGGACGCUGCCACCUGAUAGCUCCCAAGGAACCUGCAGGGCCAGGAAUUUGCGGGGCUGCGGGGCCAGCCGGUGUGCGGGGCUGCACACCCGGGAUGCAGCACUGGGAGCCCGGCUGGGUCUGUGGGUGGCAGUGCCAGUGCCACCAGCAUCACCCUGAUGCGAUGAGCCCGCUGGGAAUGCAAGUGACUCAAGUAGCUGUAGUUAAUCUUUCCCACUGUGUCUGACACCGAAAGAAAGGAUGCGGAGAUGUUUUCUGUGAGCUGUUAACUGGUGGUGGUUAAAAUACUCCACGAAUCAAAGCAGAAAUGUCCUUCUUGUCCCAAGGGGGGCACGUGGGGAGGCUGUGUGCUCCAUGGGAAGCACUGGGUUGCAGGGAUGGAUGGAGCUGAGCUCGAGCCAAUCGUGUGGCCGUCAGCCUGCCUGCAGCAGCGUUGCGCUCGGGGGUGACAAAGCCCUUCAGCUGUCUCCUGCGGCUGCGAGGCUCGAUCUCAUGAAGCACUUGAGAUUUCCAGAUAAAAAGGAGGCCCGGCUGAGCUGAGCUGAGCAGAGCACGCUUCCCGAUUUGCAUCGGCUUUAAGUGCUUGCCGCUGGUUUCGUAGUGACUUGAACGGCUCCAGCCUUUAGACUUGGGAGGUCCUUGGGGAAGAAGCAUCCCGGCGCGUGCAGCAGCCCGUGCUUCUCCAGCCCAGCAGCGGCUUUGCUAUCUUUCUUGUGUGCUUGACCCGGCAAAUGCAGUGUGUGCAGGAUGGGCACCUCACAUGCUUGUGCUGGCACCACUGCGAGAUGCGAGAGCGUUCCUGCAGGGUGGUGGGAGAGCAGAGGCGGGCAGAGGGUGACAGGGCUGCUUGGUUCUGCUGCCCUUGAAACCAUCGUGCUGUGAUUUGCUCGGGAGAGCAGGGCUGGCUGGAGGCUUUGGGUGGCAAAGGUGCUGGGGAAGGUGCUGCAGGCUGUGUGCUGCCUGCUCCAUUCCCACCCCAUCCCCGCCGCGAGGUCCACUCAUCCCCAGCGCUGGCUGUAGCUGUCUGAGGCUGGGACAUAAGUAGGUUAUUGCUUUGAGCAACAGCCAUCCUCCUUCUCAGUGCUUCGCCAGUCUGCCGUAUCCUAAUUUAAGUUGUCUAAUACACUGCAUGUCUCGAGCCACAUCCCCAAGUGCUUUAUUAUGCAGAUGUCAGUCACAGUUUCAUCCUUAAGGUUGAAUUGAAUUUGAUUCCGCUCCCCACCUUAAAGCAGAAAAAUCAUCCUCUGUAUGGAUGAGGAAUACGGCAGAUCCUCCCCAGAAUUACAGUAUGUGCUCUUAGGGCUCAGUGAGUUUCCCUUUUAAUUUAAAAGUAAUUUGUUCAUUCUUUCCAGUUAACAUCAAUUUGGAGAUGUGUCCUUGUAAGGAUGAGUCACCUUGUGCUAGGAGUUUGAGCCUUUUCUUGCCUUCAGAGACCCUUGUAAAGGAAAAUUUCUCAUGUGCAGAACUGGCUCCAAUAAUGUCCAAGGGCAACUUCUCCAAAUGCUCGGUGCUUUUCUCUUGGCUGUUCUUGUGAGGAAUGGUGCUCUUCCCCUUUUUCAUUGUAAAGGAGAGGUUCUGGAGGCCUGGCCUGUCUCCCAAUGGGAGCCGUUUCCAGGCUUCCUGAGGAUGGCUGCCACAAGCCGGUGCUUGCAAGAAACCUCCAAAUUUGAGGGGAAGAGUCUUGAUGUAUCAUUAAGGGUUCAAAGAAACGAGGGAGCUAUUUUGAAGCUACUUGCAGGGGUUCCCUAUCACUGCUAAGGCUGAAGAGCCUUUUCACUUGGAGACAGCCCUUCUUUUAGAGGAGAGAGCACUCCACGGGGGAAAUGGAGGAGAAAACAUCAAGGAGAUGGAAGGACGAAGGGUGCCAUGUGCACAUGGGCAGGAAUGAUGCGCGCAGUAGGCGGCAUUCGGAGGUGUGCGGUGAAUGGGCUGUGCAGGUCCGUGGGCACAGCGCCCGGAGCCGUGGGGAUGGCAGUGACGGAGGGCUGCGUGCGGUGACGGAAUGGUUCAUGGUGCUGCCGUAGGAGGCCUGGAAAAUAUUCCUGGGCUGAUGCCCAGGCAGAAGCUGUGCGCUUCUGAAGUUGAGAUGGAGCGUUCGUGUUAUGAAAAUUGGUUGUGAUUUCAUCCUUACAACAAAUACAGCAAACGUUCCUGAGUUCUGUGAGAUAUGGGGAUGCCGGCAGGGAGCCGUGUUUGGAUGCUCUCGGCGGCGUUCCUUUAUCGUCUCCCUCCCUCCCCACGUUUUCCCAUCCUGCUGCGCUCAGAAAUUGGCGUGACCCGACCCGGAGCCGCGGGGAUGGCACGCGGGCUGUGCUGGCACUGCUGGGAGGUGGCUGGGAGCCCUCUGCCCUGGCUCCGCAGUCGCGAGACAUCUGCUCGACUUGUUUGUGGCUUCCUGUUUGGCAUCUUUUGGGCAGGAGGGAGCUGGCAGAGGCUGAAGGAGGGAAUUUGAGUCACUCGGGAGCCCUUUGCCAGAAAACGUCUGACUCAGCCCAACUGCGGAGAAAUGAAUGUGGGAUCCAGCUGCCUCGCAGGGUGGGAACCUAUUCAUGAGUGGGAAAGGGUUGGUCAUCUACCCGGAGAUUGGGGACAAACUGGACAUUAUCUGCCCCAAGGCGGAGCCGUCCAAGCCUUACGAGUACUACAAGCUGUACCUGGUGAAAAAGGACCAGGCAGAUGCCUGCAGCACCGUCAUGGACCCCAAUGUGCUGGUGACGUGCAACCGGCCCGAGCAGGAGAUCCGCUUCACCAUCAAGUUUCAGGAGUUCAGCCCCAACUACAUGGGCCUGGAGUUCAAGCGGCAGCAGGAUUACUUCAUCACAUCCACCUCUAAUGGGACACUGGAUGGCCUGGAGAACCGGGAAGGAGGGGUCUGCCAGACACGCUCCAUGAAGAUCGUCAUGAAAGUGGGGCAGGAUCCAAACGCGGUGAUCCCGGAGCAGCUGACGACAAGUCGGCCCAGCAAGGAGGCAGACAACACCGUGAAGAUUGUGACGCAGAGCCCACGCCACAAAGUCCCCACGGUGGAGGAGCCCGGCAAGCCAGGUUCCGUCAACCAGAACGGCCAGGAGACCCAAGGUCCCAGCGAUGGGUUCCUGAGCUCCAAAGUCGCUGUUUUCGCUGCCAUCGGCGCGGGCUGCGUCAUCUUCAUCCUCAUCAUCAUCUUCCUCGUCGUCCUCCUGAUCAAGAUCCGCAAGCGGCACCGGAAGCACACGCAGCAGCGGGCCGCAGCCUUGUCCCUCAGCACCUUGGCCAGCCCCAAAUGCAGCGGGAACGCCGGCUCAGAGCCCAGCGACAUCAUCAUCCCCUUACGGACUACAGAGAACAACUACUGCCCGCACUACGAGAAGGUGAGCGGGGACUACGGGCACCCCGUCUACAUCGUGCAGGAGAUGCCCCCACAGAGCCCAGCCAACAUUUACUACAAGGUGUGAGGAGCAGCCUGGGCACGCCACGCAGGAGCGCCCGGUGGGGCCGGCAGCGGGAGGCAGCGUGCCCGGCCACGGCACGGCACGGCGCGGGAGCACAGGGGUCUGGCGCCCGUGCGCUGCCUCUCCCCCUUUGUAUUUAGUUUUGUAGUUCUCAGCUUUUGUAAUCCCAAGACUUUGAGGGUGAGCUGCCAGCAUCCUCCUCUCCUGCUCCGGACUGCGGCUGCAGCGCGCACUCUGCCUUCCCGCGCCCGCCUGCACGCCGCCGGCACCCGCGGACUCCCACCUCCCCUUCUGCACUUUGGGAUUUCCCCUCGCCGCCUCCACGCCAAGUGCCCGUGCAGGGGCCCGGGAGCUGCGACGGAUGCCGAGAGGAGCAGCGAGGAGCCCUGGGAGGAGGAGGAUGCUUCGCCCAGGUGCCGAGACGCAGAGAACUGUGCAGGGAGGAAGCUGGCAAACCCGAUUUACUACUACUACUAUUAUUAUUAUUAUAAUUAUUUUAAUUUUUUUGUAACAUUUUUAUUUUUGUGAGUCGUGGCGGGACCCCCCGCCCUGGGCACAUGCCACAGCCUCCUUCCAGCACGCCGUCCUGCUGGCACAGGCAGAUCCGCCGCUGCCGUUUUAAACUUUUGUGUUCGUAGCUGUUGACUCUUGUUUUAGUCUCUUUAUAAAAAGAAAGAAAGAAAAAAAAAUCACACCGAUGAUGUCUCAAGCAUUCAGCGCGUGGGGGUCUGAGCGCUCCUCGUGCCCGUGGAGCAGCAACAAUCCUGGGCAUCCCCAGGGCAUCCUCCUGCCCAGGGCUCCGGGCAGCGCGGGGCAGAGGAAGGCUCCGUGCAGGUUCCCGUCAGGCUGGGACUGCUGGAAGCAAAAUGUGGAGCAGCUGGGGGUGGAGGGAGGGCAGGGCUGGCAGCACAUCCCUUGUCACCGCUCCAGAGCUGAGGAUGCCCCAAGGUGUAGCCCUGCAGCACUUCUCCUUGGAAAGGAAAACUGGAAAACAAUCGUACAGGACGUUGCCAGGAGCAAGCUGAUGUCUGGAUCACCAUCCAUCCAUCCAUCCAUCCAUCCUUCCAUCCAUCCAGGCAAGGCUGCUCGCCCUUGGGGAGCUUCACCCCCUCCUUGUCACCCCAGCCCCAUCGUGCCCUGGCUCAUGUUUGCAGGGGAGGUAUUGCGGUGCCACAGUGCUCAGUGCUCCACAUGCAGCCAUCCCACAGCCACUGAUGCAGUUUCCCCAAGCCCAGCACCCCUGGGCGCGCAUCCAGCCCCUCCAUCACACCGCACUGUGCCACUGCCCGGCCCAUCUCAUGCCCCGAAGUGGAAGGGCUGAGCUGUGGGUUGUCCUGGUGGGAUGCUCCCAGCUCUCUGCCACCCUGGAUGCACACUGGGGCCGGCGAUGGCAUCUCUGUGCCCUGCCUGUCUCAGCCCUUGCAUUCCUUUUUCCUUUCAGAAGUAGCUGCUUUUGCUCAGGGAGUGAGUGUGGGGCGAGGGGGGGCUGCUGCCCGCCGUGUGCCCCCGGCCCCGCUUCUCGCCCUGCCCUGGGCACGUGCCUGCGGCCCCAAACCAGGCUGCAAAGUGCCCAAAGAGUGAGUGAGCUGCUCUGCCAAAGUGCCUUGAUGAGGAGAGGGCCGGGGGUGGCAGGAGGGGGCAGUCCCGUGGUGCCAUCGGGGAGGGGCUGGGGCAGGAGUGUGGUCCUGAGCGGAGCGUUCCUUUGUGUUGCUUUGGUUGUGUUGUUUUGAGGUCGGGAUGGAGCAGCGUGGGCGACCCCAGCUCCACUCCCCUCCCCUCUGUGGGCAUCCCUUCUCCUCACCCUCCCCACGGAACACCCUCCAGACCCCCUCAGCCCUUUGCCUUCCCCUACGGGUGUCUAUGCAGAUGCUGCGCUGUGCCGGCGCUGCCCCAGGGCAUGGGCUCCGCUCUCCAUCACGAUAAAUUGUGUCUUAAAAAGAUGAUAAUUGAAAACAAAGCUCUCAAAUCCCCCCAGAAAAAUGAUACGGAGGUCCCCAGGAGCCGUGACAGCAGGGAGGGAGGUGAUGUAUGGAGGGAAGGGCUGGGCAAGGAGCCCCAUGCCAAAAGCCAACGGCUGCAUCCUCGUGGCGGUCACCGAGCAGCCGCGUCCCCCUGCGCAGCUCCGCGGUGGCACUGGGGUGCAAAUGGUGAUAGGCAGACCUUGUAAAUAGGUGUGCAGGGAGUGGGGAGCGGAGCUUUUGGGUCUGGCUGAGCCCUCAGUGCUGCGCCCGGCACAGGGCAUCCCUCUCUGCUGCCCGCUGAGCGCUGCGCUUGGGUUUGGGUUGCUGGUAUUUUGGUUUGGUUUUUUUCUUCCCCCCGUUGUUGUUUCCUUUUUGUUUUGUUUGGUUCGUGUAAAUAGUAGUCUUUUUUGGAAGAAAUAAUGUAAAGAUGUUUUGUAUAAACUCUGAAUUAUUUUCUGGUUGCUUUUUCUUAGAAAAAAAAAAAAAACAAAUGAGAACUUAAAAAAAAAAAAAAGGAAAAAAAAAAAAAGAAAAAGAAAACUUUAACCACGAGAACGGGUGUAAAACAUUGUCAUACUGCAGUCCGCCCCGGAGCCCCCGCGGGGGCUGUGCUGGUGUGCGGGGGUCCCGCCGCGCCCCUCGGGGGGUGCUGGGUGCUGCUGUGCAGAGUGCUCCCCGUGCCCCCUGCAGGAGGGGUGCUGAGCGGAGGGGCUGAGCGCAGGCUGAGGGCUGGGAAGUGCAACGUCAGCAAAAGGAGCAUCCCAUCCGUCUCUGGUUUUUUAAAAAGCCCUCAAAAGCGGAUAGAAGAACAACCCCAAAACCUCCAUGCAGCGUCCUGAGGUCCUGCUCUGCUGUUCCAGCCCUGCAGAGCUGCUGCUGUUGCAGGGCCCCUUUUUCCCACUGCCCCUUUUUAUGGGCGGGGGGCAGCCCAAGGAAGGGGGUGGCACUGUCCCCAGUGCAGCUGAUGGCCCUGGGCACCCCGAGUCCCAGCUGCCCCCAGGAGCCCGUGCUUUAAACCCGCAUGGCAUCCGCAGAGGGAAACAAAUGGGCGGCCCCAAACCUGCGCCCCUGCACAGCAGCACCCUGCGCCGCUCCCGCAUUUCAGAGCCGUGCCCAUGCGCACCCCCUGCAUAGCAUCCUUCAUGGGCUCCCUGCGGGCACACGCAGGGAUGGGGGCGAUGCCACUGCCCCGUGUACCCCUCACAAUGUGGGCUUUUGUUUCUUCUCGUCAUGUCCCUCCUUUCUCUCCCUUUCGCCUUCUCCCGGCUCUCCCUAGCAUAUCAUCGCCAUCGGUAACCCGCUCUGUGGCAGCUGAGCGCCAUGGAGCCGUGAUGGAACCUGAUAUAUUGUUAAAUAAAAGGUUUUUUUCCUAUGGAAA